AUGAAGGGGCUGCUCAUUCUGGCAACUGUAUUGGUGGCUGUUUUCAGUAAGAAGACUUUUGUGGGGGAUCAAGUCCUUUGUGUUUUUGCGAAGGAUGAGGUACAACUAACUGUCAUCCAAGACCUGUCUGAGAUGAAGCAGCUUCAGCUGGAUGUCUGGAGAGGGUCUACUGAUAUUGCCACCCCUGUGGACAUCAGAGUUCCCUUCCACAGCCUGAUGUCCGUCAAAGCCUACCUGGAGGCCCGGGAUGUGCAGUACACCAUCAUGAUCAAGGACCUGCAGGCUGACAUUGACAAAGACGAGGGACAGAUGCAAAGAAGUUCCUAUGCAGCCAUGACUACUGAUGACUUUGACUAUGCCAACUAUCACGUCCUUGAUGAGAUCUACAGUUUCCAGGAUAUGCUUGUGGCAGAGAACCCUACAUUGGUCAGCAAGAUUGUGAUUGGCCAGAGCUAUGAGGGCCGUCCCUUGAAUGUGCUUAAGUUCAGCACUGGAGGAACUAACCGUCCUGCAAUUUGGAUUGACACUGGCAUCCACUCCAGAGAGUGGAUUACUCCAGCCAGUGGUGCAUGGUUUGCCAAAAAGAUUGUGCUUGAUUAUGGACAUAAUCCUGCCCUGACUGGUAUCCUGGACAAAAUGGACAUCCUUCUGGAGAUGAUGGUUAAUCCUGAUGGCUAUCACUUCACUCAUACCAAUAACCGCAUGUGGCGUAAAACAAGGAAGCCUAAUCCUGGUUCUUCUUGUGUUGGAGUUGACGCCAACAGGAACUGGGAUGCCGGUUUUGGAACUGCCGGCUCCAGCGGGAACCCCUGUGAUGAGACCUACCGUGGUCCAACUGCUCACUCUGAGUCUGAGAUCAAGUCCAUUGUGGACUUCAUGAAGGCUCAUGGAAAUAUCAAAGCGGUCCUUUCCAUCCAUAGCUGCUCCCAGAUGCUCCUCUACCCUUACGGCUACACCAGCACCUCUGCUAAGGACCAGAAAGAGCUGCAUGACCUGGCUAAAAAAGCCAUCACUGAUCUGGCCUCCCUGUAUGGAACAGCCUUCAGAUACGGGAGUUCAUUCAACACCCUCUAUCAAGCCAGUGGCAACACCAUUGACUGGGCCUACAACCAGGGUAUCAAGUACUCCUACACAUUUGAGCUGAGAAAUACUGGUCGCUAUGGAUUUAUCGUGCCUGCCAAUCAGAUCAUCCCCACUGCUAAGGAGACCUGGCUGGCACUAAUGGCCAUUAUGGAGCACACCAAUGCCAACACUUACUAACAUCUGAUUGGUGUAAAAUAGAAAGAACGCCCAUGAAGUCAUGCUGUAAUGACUAAUAAACAAACUUGAG